UGCUUGCUCCAGUAGUGACAGAACCCGAAAGAUUCCGCCGCUGUGCCGCUCGCCAAACACCCACCAAAACCCCACCAAAAACGCAGUUUCUAUUAUAUCAGGACUAGGGAAACCCUUUGCUCCCCAAGUGAUAUCGGUCAAACGUGCGAACACGCAAACACAAGAAGGAGAGCCUUCCCUCCGGAUCUUGACGCCGCUUCUCUUCUUGUUCGCCAUGUGCGGUGGCAGACGGCGCCGUCGCGGCGGCUCUGACGCGACGGCAGGAGAGCCCGGCGGGUGGGGGUUCUGCGCGCCAGCGCUCGCCGUCGUGGCCCUGGCGGCCGCCGCGGCGGUCGCGUUCCUGGAGGGCACCGCCGGCGGCGUCGCCUACGCGGGCGACGGGUGGUUCCACGAGUGCGCCAAGUGGGACGCCGAAGGCGGGAGGUUCCUGGUGUCCACCUUCUUCGGCGCCGGCGUGGCCGAGGUGCGCGUCGGGGCGGGGGAAGAGGAGGCCCUGGCUGAGCGGGUCGUGGUGGCGGACCCCGACGUGGCCGGGAGGGUGGCGCUGGGGCUCGUCGUGGACGCGCCCAGGCGGCGGAUCCUCGUGGCCUACGCCGACCGGCCUCCGAGCUUCGGGUACGCCGCCGUGGGCGCGUACGAUCUUCGCUCGGGGCGCCGCCUCUUCCUCGCCCGGCUCGACGGACCAGGCGAGUCCUCGUUCGCCGACGACGUGGCCUCGGACGACGACGGCAACGUGUACGUGACCGACAUCCUGGGCAACAAGAUCUGGAAGGUGAACCCGGACGGCGAGCCGCUCUCUGUCUUCAAGAACGCCACCUUCAGGCAGCGGCCCGGGACGAUGGACAACCUCAUCGGCCUCAACGGCAUCGUCUACCACCCCAACGGCUACCUCAUCGUCGUCCACACCUCCGGCGGCGACCUCUUCAAGGUGGACCCCAAGACGGGGGCCGUGAGCGUCGUCAGGGUGCGGGGCUCGCUCAAGAGCGGCGACGGGCUGGAGCUGAUCUCGCCGACGAAGCUGGCCGUCGCUGGCAAGCCGAGCAGGCUGGUCGAGAGCUCCGACGACUGGGAGACCGCGAGCGUCACGGGACGGUAUGUCGGGCCGGUGCACCGGAUUGGGUCGUCGGCGACGGUGAAGGACGGGGACGUGUACGUCAACCACAUCGUCGGGUUCGGUCUCGGCAGGAAGAAGACGCACGUCCUCGCCAAGGCGGUGUUCGCGCCUUUGUAGCACUCCAUCGAUGUGGUCGAGUUGAUGUGGCAUUUGUCUAUUUUAUUAAAUUCAGUCGUAUUUCUUGGCUACCACUCUUGCCAUCCCACCAAAGAGAAUAGCCUUCAACCAAGGGAUGAAAGUUCAUGUGAUAUGUUGCCAUUUUA